AUGGCUCCAAAAACUGUUUUUAUCACCGGAGCCAACCGUGGAAUCGGACUGGGAAUUGUUCGCGAACUUUUAAAAAUUCCUGAAAUCGAAACAGUUAUUGCUGGAGUUAGAAACCUUGAAGCUGCAAAGGAACUUCAAGAGCUUGCUUAAAGUGACUCCAGACUUCAAUUAAUCUCCGUUGAUGUUUCCAACGAUGAAAGUUUAGCUAACUCGGUGAAACAAGUUCAAAUUCUCGUGGGGGAUCACGGACUCAAUUUGCUUAUUAACAACGCUGGAGUUAUUGAGGUUUACCAUACAAAAGAUGCUCCAAAAAGGGCUCCAAUUUUGAGAUGCAUCGAUGUGAAUGCAGUCAGUGCACUGUUGGCUUCUCAGCAUUUCCUUCCACUUCUUCAAAAAGCAGCUGCAUUGACUCAAGGAGAUGAACUUUCAGCUAAUCGAGCUGCUAUUAUAAAUAUUGGAUCAGACUGUUCUUCACAAACUUUGAAUGUUACUGGCUUCUGCAAUGAGGCUCUCGUUGCAUACAAAAUGAGCAACGUCGCAAUGCUCUGUUUCGCUCGUUCACUUGUUGCUGACUUCAAGACGUUGAAUAUUCCUGUUCUUGUCACAACAAUCCAUCCAGGAUGGGUACUUACUGACAUGGGAGGACCCAAUGCGGAUAUUACGGUUGAAGAAUCUGCAUCAAAGAUUGUUAAUAGCAUCAGUCACCUAAAUUCUACUCAUAAUGGAGGACUCUUCGAUCGUCAGCUUACUGCAAUGCCAUUUUAA